GCCACCGUGUGCUAACCAAGAAGACAUGCCGAACAAGUGGGAGGACGCAUCUUUGGACAAGGUGAAGGAGAAAGAUGCCAACAUCCCGCCAUGUUGGUGUGGAGAUGUUUGCAAGGUGAAGGUAUCCACCGACCGAAAUAAAUCAUGGACGGAAGGGCGGAGAUAUUUUGUAUGCCCGAACUAUGCUUAUGAUCGUGCACUUCCAACUAACGCCUAUGACCAACCACCGUCACCGCCUCCUCUAUGCAAGUACUUCACGUGGAUAGAUCUUGAAGUGCCAGAAGAUGUCAAAAAGGACCAAUACCAAGAUUGUCUUAGGCGGCAACGGCGGUUCGAAGAAUCGUUUCGAAGAGGCUUGGAGGAAGAGCGUCGUCAGAAGGAGAGGAUGGAGCGGAAGAAACGAGACGAGGAGAGGGCACGCCAAGCGAAACUUGCUCGUGAGGAGGAGAGGGCAAGAAAGCUUGCAAAGGCUCGCGAGGCGCAAGAGGAGGACUCGGCCCGUGACAAGAAGGGGAAAUGGCCUCGCUCUACUCAGUAGGGACUUCGGUUCGGUGCACUCGUCGUGAACUUGUGAGGGCAUGUAAGAUGUUGGUGAACUAUUUUCUAGGGCAAGCUACCAUUUGUCAUUUGUAAUGAAUGUGUCGUGAACCAUGUCGUAGUUCGAAUUGUCUUAAGUUAUGAACUCGUCGGCAUAAAAUUUUUGUUUGUUCAAAUUGUUGUGA